AUGCCCAAGCAACCGACCCAGCCCACAAAACGUGGCCGGCCGGCCAAGUCUCAGCAAUCCGCGGCCGGCACGAAGCGUAAGGCCGCGCAGCAGCCCGCGCGCAAGAAGUCCGGGCCCUUUGAGCUAUCGGACAGCGACGCGGCGUCGCGGGCGGUCGAGGACGAGGAGGAAGCCGAGGAGCAGAACGAGGAUGAGGACGAGGAGGACGCCGAUGCCCCCGAAAACACCAUCCCACCCGAGCUCCUGACACGGCUCUUGCACGAGUUCUUCGAAAAGGACGAUACGAGGCUGAGCAAGGACGCGAACGCCGCGGCAGGCAAGUACAUGGACGUAUUCGUCAGAGAGGCCAUCGCCCGGUGUAUUCACGAGCGGCCGGGCGGCUUCCUAGAGGUUGAGGACUUGGAGAAGAUUGCGCCGCAGCUGCUCAUGGACUUUUGA